AUGGCGACGACACCGUAUAUAUGCGCCAGCUGCGCCCGCACCCUCCGACAGCAAACGCUCUUGCGUGCACAACCAUCCCGCCCUCGCUAUUUCUCCAGUUCGCGCUCUUCAUUGUUCCCCGCGACCGCCGAAAAACCAAAGUUACCAACUUCGCCCGAAUCCCCCGACACAGCGAAUACUCCCCAACAUAAUGCCUCCCGCUCCGACCCCAAAUCCUCCCCCCCCUCCUCCUCCCGCUCCGAAACCUCCUCGUCCCAUUCCCAAGUUCGGGCCUCGUUCCCAAGCUCCGACCCAACCCCAGAACCAAACCCAACCGCAACUUUAAAGAAAAGCCCCAACCCCGAUCCGGAAGUAGCCUCAACACCAGAAGUAGACCCCUCCCCAGGCACCAUGACCACCCGCCUCCUCCACGCAACCGAACACGCCCUCCUAACCUCAUCCCCCGCAACCCGCAACUCCAUCCUAAACGACACAGGCUUCUCCGCCGAUCUCAAAGCCCAACUCCUCUCCAAAGUCGCCACCGCCUCAUUCGAUUCCCAACACGCGUCCGCUUUGACCGAGGCCGGUCUUGACAGCAGUGGCAGGCAAGGGGGGAUACUGCCGGAGUCAGCGGGGCAAGGAACGCGCGGGAUAGCGAGUGCGACGCCGUGGAGGGGGGAGGAAGAGAUGGGGGAUGUGGUGUUAAGGAUGUUGGAUGAUGGUCGCAAGCCGUUGGCGCCGGGGUUGAGGGGAAAAUAUAAGGUUCCGGAACCGGGGUCUGCUGUGGUGGUGGAUAUGCGGUUGCGACGGGAGGGGAGGGUUAGUGUGGGACGGAGGGUUGCCGGGGCGAGGGAGAAGGCUAUGGCUUAUGCUGGGAUGGGGGUAGACAAAGGGACAAACAAAGUGAAGGGGGGAGAAAAGAAUGGGCUGAGUGAAAAGGAGAGGGAGGAGUUGAGACGGGAGUUUCGCGAAAGGUUUGCGCCGGGGGCCAGGGCCAUGCCGAAUACUGUGACGGGGCUGGCCGCGUUGGCGAAUGAGAGGAUCGAGGAUGCCAUUGCGAGGGGGCAGUUUAAGGAUAUACCCCGGGGGAAGGGGGUCGAGAGGGAUAGGAGGGCGGAUAAUCCUUUUAUUGAUACCACCGAGUACAUCAUGAACAAGAUGAUCAAGCGCCAGGACAUGGUCCCCCCCUGGAUCGAGAAGCAGCAGGAGUUGACCAAGGCUGCGGCUACGUUCCGCGGGCGUCUGCGUAAUGAGUGGAAGCGCCAUGUUGCACGGAUGAUCUCGGCGCGUGGGGGGUCGCUGCAGGUUCAGAUCGCGCGUGCGGAAGCUUAUGCUGCGGCGGAAGUGGUGUAUAAUCCGCGAGCACGCAGGCCGGGUGAGACGGCCGCAAGCCCUGCGAACACAGUGAAGACCACAGCAGAGACAGCAGGAACAACAGAAGCCGCAGAUACAACAACAGCAGCAGCAAAACCAGGUUCAAUACCCACAGGCCCAACUCCCAUAGAAACAAACCCAGAACCCCAAAUCCAGCACCCCUUCCGCGACCCAACCUGGCACGCCGCCGAAACCAGCUACCUCACCCUCUCCAUAAACAACCUCAACACCCUAACCCGCGCCUACAACCUCAUGGCCCCCGAACUAGCCCGCAAGCCCUACUUCUCUCUCGACCGUGAACUCGACGCGUGCUACGCUGAUGUAGCGCCGCUGGUGGCGGAUGAGAUUCGGCAGAGGGCUAGUAACUCCAAGGUUAGGCCUUUGGGGAGUGGGGGGGAGAUAGGGAAGGGGGGAGCGGGGGCAGGGGGGAUGGGUGGGUUGUUUGGGGGUGGGAGGACGUCGGGGGUUAGUGUGGAGGAGGGGAGGGAGAAGGGGUAUGGGUGGAGGGAGUUUUGGAGGGAUUUGUGGAAGUAG